AUGAAGAAGUCUUUUGACGAGAGAUCACAAACCAAUCUCAGUUUGAAUCCUCAUCAUGCUUCAACUGAGCAUAUAUCCGUUGAUAUAAAGUCAAAGUUUCAAUGGUCAAACAUACUUCAGGUAAUAAAUUCCCUGGACUUUUUAAUUGAGUAUGGUUCAACCACCUACAUACAACCCACUUCAAUUUAUAUUGCCGUAGGUACCACCAAGGGGCAUGUCGUGGUCUUCAAUUAUUUACAAGCAAUCAAAUUUGUACUCACCCCUGAAUUGGAGGAAAAUGACAGCGAAUACCUAAGUGAUUUGUCUGUGUCUAGUAUACUGUUUUCCUCCGAUCUCACUAUGCUAGUGUGUGGUAACGUGCAAGGGGUUAUCACCAUUUGGGAACUCAAUACUAGCAAACCAUACUUUGCCAUCAAGCCAAUUACUUUAGAGGAAAGAUUCCAAUUGAAAGACGGACAUUUGAACUUGCCAAUCAUCAGAGUGGAUCUAAUAGACAAUACCAAGGUAGUAAGUGUAGAUUCCUCAGGCAUCAUUAAUUAUCAUCUUGGUGUUAAGUCGUUACUCGCCAAAUCCUUCAAUACACAGAAAAUCAUGGGACCCAAUGAUGUCAAAGAGAGUUCCAAAGAAACGUUUUAUGAUAAUAGUAUAUUGCCUUAUGGUUCAUCUCAUCAAAUAACUGACGAAAUAGGUUUUAUGGCCGUAAUAACAUCCCUGUUUAUGAAGGUUGUUUCCCUCAAAUCAAUGAACAACCCUAAUAACCUUUACAUAAAGACUCAUUUCAAGAUUAUGAAACCGAAAAAUCUCAAACCAAAGUUUGGUUGUGUGAACUGGUUUCCCUGUAUGCAAAGUGGCAGCGGCGUCACAAAUGCAAGGCUAGCCUAUUCUUGGGAUAAAUACCUUUAUAUUGCUGAAUUGGAUAAUUCAUCUUUCCCUGAUAACUUUGUGGAUGUGAUCAAUGAUUUAAAGGAUAAAGACAAAAGUUUGCCUACAUUGCCUAUGAACAAGAUGUGCAAGAUGGAACACACAAGUAUCAUAAACUCACUUCAAUGGAUUUCUCUGUCUUUGUUACUUGUUUUUGGAGCUGAUUUAACUAUCUUGUAUUACGAAGGAGGGUUGAAUGUGAUAAAUAGUGAACCUCUUCCAAUAUUGAAACCAUUGAAUUGGGACGGAAACAUCAAAACUGUUAAAAACCGUAUCAUUUUGCUCGAACCGAACAACAUCAAGGUCGGCAAAACCAUAAGUUGGAAUGAACAAUUGCUUGAACUAAUAAAAUUAGGUGAUUAUGAAAAUGCAUUAAAGGCUGCGUGGUAUUUCUAUACCUCAAAUGAUCAGCAGUUGGUUUUAUUUAAUUUGCCAGAUAAGAAAACAAUUGCCUCUUAUUUGACAAAAAUCAUGGAUGGAGGCAUUGGGAAUGUGAAAUUCUCUGCUCCUAUUUUAGAGGUAUACUUCAAGGUUGCCUCAAUUAUAGAAUAUGAUAUGGACGACUUGUUUGAGGCUGUGGAUAAUGAAUUGUUUUUUGAUUCGAUUGAACCAUUUCUAGUUUCUGGUGAAAUAAGAAUGUUGAGUGCAACAAUCUUGAAACAAUUGGUGAUUUAUUACACUUCACAAAAGAAGAGUCUCAUCACAGAAAUUCUCUGCACUAUCGAUGUCACGUUUCUUGAUAUUGAUCUCAGUAUCCAUUUGUUCAGGGAAAAUGGGUUGAAUGAUGGUAUAAUAUUCAUCUAUAAUUAUUUGCUCCAUGAUUAUUCGACACCUUUUAAUAAUUUUCUACAAGAUUUGAAACCGGAGGUAUUUCUAUAUUUGGCAUACAUUCUAACUGGUAGACAAUAUCCUAUUGAUCAAUAUAUUGACUAUGGUUAUGAAGAGGAUGCAAGGAGACAGAUAACUCAGAUUUUGUUCACGCCCAGUGAUGAUGAGUGUUUAUUCCCGAACUUAACUAAAUUGAUGCACUACAAUUCCUUCGCUAUGUUAUCCACUUUAAACGAGUUCUUCGAAGAUUCAUCUUUGAAUGAGGGGGAGUUGAAUCGACAAUAUAUUAUUGAUGCCAUACUCGAUAUAUAUGCUUCUGAAAAAUUCCUGAACCAAGACAAAUGUAAUUUAUCAAUAUUUAUAGGAAGGAACUAUCCAAAGUAUUCCCAAUUCCUUCGAUUAAGCGAUUCAAUAUUGUCACAAAUUUUGGAUAAUUUAAUCAACUACGUUACUCCUUUUUUGAGACAAGAUUGUGAAUUGGCCAUUGAGAGUCUCGUGUCAGUGUUUGAACCAAUGAACGAAACUAAAUUAAUAGAGAAACUCACAAUGGGAAAGUUCUGGUCAGUUUUAAUGGGAAUAUAUCGAAACAAGCACCAGUGGGAUAAAUUUUUGAGAAUAUAUUUGUGUCAUGGUGAAAUAAACCUUCUGUUAGUGGAUGAAAUUGUUGCUAAACAUCCAGUGUCUUCCAUUUUAGAGGAUAACUUUGAAAAGCUAUUAAACAUCGAUGUUGUUAAGGUAGCAAAAAUCAUUGACAAGCACUUGCCUCAGUGUCAUCGCAGCAUAUUGAAAAUUAAGGACAAAAACUUGCAGUAUGAAUAUUUGAAACAAUUGUCAAAUGCAGAUUUGCGUAUCGAACUCAUAAAGUUGAUGAUAGAGUUGGAACCUACGAAAGUCCAUGAUUAUUUGACUUCACAAAAUUUCACCAGCAACGAAUUAAAAUUUCUCGAGAAGAUAGUUUCCGAUGUACCGGACCUAGUUUUGGUCUACAAUAUGGAAAAACGGUAUCACGAAAGUUUGGAUUUGAUUCUUUCUUCUUUGAAGGAUCAACCUGAUUUGUUUGAUUUGUUUGUGGAAGUCAUGUGUUACAUAGAAAAUGAGAAUGAUGAUGAAUAUUGGAUUAAAUUGAUAAACAUUCUUGUUGCGCAUCACCAAAAGUUGAUUUCCCCGGCUUUCAAAGUGAUCAGUGAUAAAAAGUUCAACGAUCAAUUGAAAUUUCAAAGUAUCAUCAAUCAUUUCCUCAACGAUAUCGAGCUAACAAAUGUCAAGGAGAUCAUUUGGGAGAUUCUUGUGACCUACUCAUAUGAGACGGAAAUUUUAUCUAUUAGUUCCAAGAUCUUGAAUGCAUCCAUCCACCAAAACCUCAUGAUCAUAGCAGAUGGAAACAAGAGGGGCUGGCCAAGCGUUAAAUAUUGUACUUCUUGUCAAAAGAGAUUUGGUGAAGAUGAUUACCUCGCAUGGGAAGCCAAAGAAUGUGAAAGAUUGGAUUUAUGGGGUAAAAAGCAAGGCGGAGAAAGAUUGAUUUUAUUCAAAUGUGGCCAUGGCUAUCAUUUUGAUUGUUUACAAAGAUUGGGUGGGAACGUGUGUGUCUUAGAUCUGUAA